CAUUACCGUUAGGGUUGCCAGGGCGCAUGCGUCCCCGGGCUUUCAAAACGCCUGCGCCACAACCCUGAGUCAAUCGAUAGUGCAGUACAUACUAUAUCGCGUUCGGUGAAACAUACAUUUGCGUCGUAUUAACAAAAAAAUACAUUUUUCCCAACUCACGGCCAACCAAAGCGUCAAGGUGUCUGUUUCAAGCAGCGUGUUGCCUGGUGCCAUCACUAUGAAGAUGCUGUCACCUCAUGAUGGACCAGAUAUCUCGCCAGUCGAGUCCGCUGGUGAAUGGCACAGCCCCACAUUCUGGGUGCUGGUGAUUGGAGCGUCAGCGCUGGUUGCUGUCGUGAUUGCUGUGCUCGCUUGCUGGGUCGCUCGCAGACGGGCAUCGCUUGCUCACAAACUUGGUGGUAAGCGUGGUCCGGACAAGGCGUUGGUCUUCCAACCUCCGCGCCGAGCGACCGCUGUUCGCUCUCCUGGCUCCGCUACUCAUUAUCUUCGCAAGUCACCCUCACCAACGGCCGCCGCACCCCCAGCGUCUUCCCCACCUCAGCCUCAACCACCAGCUACAGUCGUUGUUGCGUCGGGCGGCAACAGCCCUCAUACUCCAACUGCCCCUGAACCAGCUCCUCUCAGCAAGGAGUUAGCUGAUGCCAACGCCACUGAGAAGCCCAAGCCUUCCGAACCAGAGAGCAACAACAGCAGCCUCGGAGAUUUGCACUUUAAGCUGAGACAUGACAAUGAGAAGAGCGCUCUGGUUGUGUCCGUGGUGUCCUGCCAGGGUCUCCCAGGUCGUGAGCCAGCUGGGCCCGACCCUUACGUGAAGCUGCAACUUCUGCCGGACAAACAGCACAAAGUUAAGACCAGGGUUGUCCGAAAGACCCGUUGUCCAGUCUACGAUGAAGACUUUACCUUCUACGGCAUCGCUCCACAUGAACUCGCUUCCAUCACCCUACACUUUGUAGUCCUCAGUUUUGACAGAUACUCCCGCGAUGAGAUCAUCGGAGAAGUCGUGGCGCCGCUGUCAGCUCUUCAACUGCAGUCCGGAGAGGCCAUGGCCCUCUGCCGCGAAAUACAGCCAAGAAGUUUGAAGAUGCGUUCCGUUGGUCGUGGUGAAGUGCUGGUGUCUUUGUGCUGGCAGCCAGCUGCAGCCCGUCUGACCGUAGUACUCCUGAAGGCUCGCAAUCUGCCAAAGAUGGACGUCACAGGACUCGCUGAUCCUUAUGUCAAGAUGUAUCUGCUGUACAACGGUCAACGCAUCGCCAAGAAGAAAACUCAUGUAAAGAAGCGCACUCUGAAUCCAGUUUUCAACGAGUCAUUCGUCUUUGAAGUGCCGGCUGCUCCUAACGCCACGCUCGACCACGUCUCUCUGGAACUGCUGGUCCUCGACUGGGAUAGGGUCACUAAGAACGAGGUGAUCGGACGGUUGGAACUUGGUUCGGAAGGUGUCGGAAGCGCACGACACCACUGGCGCGAGGUGCAGGCGGCCCCACGACGACAGAUCGCCGACUGGCACAAACUCAAGGAGUGAACCGCUUAAAUACUCCUCUCCCCUCCACGCACCCGCCUUCCCCUCACAACCGUGCUGUAUUAAACCCAUUAUGUAACACAUUUUACACAUACUGUGAAAAGGAUAACUUUACAUACAAAUUUAGUCUUCUAGAAGUUGUUUUCGUUAAUUUUGCCUAAAUUGUUUAAAAAAUUGCUUCUUAAAAUUCAACGAAACAGAUUAAUAUUAAAUAACAACGAUGUAAUAUUUUAGAUUACAGUAACUUCUACCUACCUCUUCCCAUCCCUAUCCCACUUAAGCCUUUUUUCUGCACAAAUUCAUUACUUUCCUACAUUAAGAAAUAUUAUAUCGGAUAAAACCUUUCAUAUAACAAGAAAACUAUUAAAGGAAAUGUAGCCAAGAUAUGCCUUGAAAACUAUUAAUUCAUUUGUACUCUACAUUGCAAUACUCACUCGAACUUAUAAAAUAUUUAAAAUAAUUUUCAUCAGCGACGGGUAAGUGGAAAAAAUUUAGCCAAAAUCCAAAAACAGGUAUAAUUUCUCUUUAGUGAUAAUUGAAAAAAAAAAAUUAGAAAACUAGUAAUAUUUUUAUUAGAUAGAUAAUAUAUCACGUAGUAUUUCAUUUUUGUAAAAUCUAUUUAUUUAUAAAACUUACUUUAUUUUGUGUUGGUAACAUCGAGAAUCGAACAAUAUGUUCAGUUUAUUAAUUUGUUUCAUCGCAAGAAAAGUUAUAGAAAAGUUAUAAACGUAAUAAUCAUAGUUAAUGUAAUAUUUAUUAUGUUUUAAACAUCAAUUCUAAAUUAACAUAUCCAAUCUUAAAACGUCUCCGCUAGUCUAAAAUCUUAUUUAUUUAAUUCCAUGUAUUCUUUAUCUUACCAUCAUCUUCUGUAAUGUAUGAUAUUAAUAGUAUAUUUUAAGUCAUCCAUGUUGUUGAUAUUUCAACAAAAAUAGUAUGUAAUUAUGUGUCUUGUGUAUAGGAUUAUUAUUUAAACAUUCUUAUAGACCAAGAGCCCACGACGGCGACUUAUGUUAUUUUAUAAUUAAUUUUUCGUUGUGUAUGUCUUCUAUACGUCUAAUAAGGACCACUGACUGCGGUUUGAGGUUACUGAGACAGAUAGUAGAAGGUAGAGAUGAUUAAAAUGGCACCUUGUUUUCCUUGUAUGUUUUCGUUAAGACACUUUUAGAGAUGUCGUCCGUAUAGCCGGACCUUAUAGCUUUAUAAACAACGAAGGUCUGGCCGUCGUGAGCUCUUAUUCCAUCACAAGAUGAACGAAAUUUAGUAAACAAAUUUAUUGAUAAUAUAUUUUUAAAAUAGUCAAUAUAUAUUUAAAAAAAAAACACAGGAAACUGUCGAGAACAGUGUUUUUGGUCGCCUUGUUUUAUUUUAAACUAACACUGUUGUGAAUGUCUCUCGCAAUAAUGCGAAGGCAUUGUCACAACGAGGGACAUUUGUAAUAGUGACUGCAAUAAGGAAUACUCAUGAAAAUUAUACGGACUAUAAAUUAUAACUACAGAUAAGGUUAGAAAGAAUAUCUAUUUUAUACUGUAGUACUUGUAAGUAAAGGUAACAGCUCUAUAGACGAAGCUGCGAGCUUUUAGCCUUUGUACCCAUUAGUGGCAUCCACAUAGUUGCUUCAAUGACCCACGUUUCCUCAAAAAUGAAGUCUAGCAGAAUUAUUUAACGGAAUAAUAAUGAAUGCAUCUUCGGAACACGUAAAAGUAAAUAGGAAAUUCUCUUACUCUUAGAAAUUCUGCUAGACUUCCCCCAAUAUGCGACGUCGUUGCUAUGAAACACGCGUAAAUGCCGUAUUAGAUGUGUUACUUAUCGAUGUUUAUCUUAUUGUAGAGACAAUAAGGUUACGUGUUGUAUUUAUAUAGAUAACCCUCUUCAAUGUUUAAUUCUAAAUAAAUAAGUAAUAAGUAAAAAAUCACCGAGUGUAUCUAAUAAGCACAUAAAAUACCGACGUGCAAUGAAAAAUUUGCUUUUAUAUUUCGAUGUUUUGUUUUAUUAUUAUUAUUAUUUAAGUUUAUCAUAUAUUUUUCAUUUAUCAAAACCAUAUGCUGUAUCCUUAGACUAAAUUUACACCGUCUUUACAUACGAGGCUAUUACAGUGUCUGUCAAGACUAUUUACAAGUGAAAAACUGUUUACGCUACGUCUGUACGACGAUGCUAACUUGGACUAAGUUAACUGUGUCCUAUUUCGAAGGGCAGAUGAAUUUUCAGCUCGUUUUUGAUCAAUAAAAAAAUGUAUUCCAUACUCUUACAUUCCAAAUGUACUUUGUAAAUAUUUCAAACCUUACGAUCUCUUAUUUCUAAGGCGUGUAAUCGUAAGCAAAUACAUGUUUUAUUUUCUUAUUAUAAAUAUGUUUCAUUCUAAAUGUUUAAUGUAGUGGAUGCGAGCAACCUCACCUUGAUUGUGAACCUUGUUAAAUCACCACCCAGCUGUGCCGAGAGAUUGGUGUAAAAUAAAAUUUAUUUUAUAUCUCAAUAGCUCAACGGCUGUAUUAUUUUUAUUGAUAAAUUAUUUUCCUAUCUCGGCACAGUCUUGUUCACAUUAAACCUCAAUUAUUAUCUUAUUAAAGUUUCUUGAUAUAUUUCUUUCAUUUAAGUUCGUAAAUAAUUGUCACUUGAUAUAAUUUUCUAAGGUAAUAAUUGGGAUUUAUGUGGACAUUAGCACGUCAGUACCAUUGGUCACGAAUAUCAGAUUUGUAUACUAAGGAUUAUAGUAAAUAAAUUAUUGACUGGUGCUUUCACAAUAA